AUGGGUAGCUGGCAACCUCAAGAUAUCAUACCUAGUCCUUUGACUAAUGGCACCAACGGAGUGGAAGCCUCUGAGUACGAGAGCCAUGGAGGGCCAAAAAAGAAGAUUGUCGUCGUUGGUCUAGGGAUGGUUGGAAUUAGCUUCAUAGAGAAAUUAAUGAAACUGGAUGCAAAGCGGCGAGAAUACGAUAUCGUCGUCAUCGGCGAAGAAGCACAUAUAGCGUACAACCGCGUAGGGUUGACAAGUUUCUUCCAGCAUCGAAAAGUUGAGAAUUUAUAUCUCAAUCCAAAAGAAUGGUACACGAAUUGCCCAAAAGGCUCAUUAAACUACCACCUCAACACACGAGUCACCGAGAUUCACACAGAACAAAAGGCCGUCUCCUGCUCUUCGGGGGAGAUCGUUCCUUACGAUAUCCUCGUCCUUGCCACGGGUUCCGACGCCCUCCUUCCACGCAACACGCCCGGCCAUGACGCCAAGGGCGUCUUCGUAUACCGCACAAUUGAAGAUCUAGAAAAACUCAUCGAAUCUUCAGCCCUAAAAAAAGGCACUCAUGGUGUUGUGGUGGGCGGCGGUUUACUCGGCCUUGAAGCCGCCAAAGCGAUGAUGGACUUGGAAAAUUUCUCAAAAGUUAAAUUGAUCGAGAGAAAUAAAUGGGUAUUAAGUCGGCAGCUAGAUGGAGAUGCUGGUGCCAUUGUCCUCGAGCAAGUGAGAAAAUUGGGGUUGGAUGUUCUGCUGAGCACGAGAGUGCGCAACAUUGAAGUCACGGAAGAUAACACAGUAAAAGGGGUGGUGUUCGAGGAUGGUGAGAGCAUAGCUUGCUCUACAAUCUGUUUCGCCAUUGGCAUCAAAGCUCGCGAUGAACUUGCGCGGAAAUCGGGCAUCAAGUGUGCGGAACCAGGGGGUGGCAUUGCCGUUGAUGAAUGGUUGAAGACCAGCGUGGAAGAUAUCUACGCCAUUGGUGAAUGUGCGAGUUGGGAGAAUCAGACGUUUGGACUUAUUGCUCCGGGAAUUGAAAUGGCUGAUGUUCUGUCAUUCAACCUUACGCAAGCAAAAGUGCACUCGUACAGGAAGUUUAAGAGGCCGGAUUUGAGCACCAAAUUGAAAUUGUUGGGUGUGGAGGUUGCUAGUUUUGGAGAUUUCUUCGCGGACAGAGAUGGGCCUAAGCACCUCCCAGUGAGGGCCGGCAGGAAGGAGGGAAAUGCAAAUGGAUUACGACGACGUACCGACGGUCCACCUCCUCCCGCGGUCACGGCUUUGACAUACAAGGACCCUUUCCAGGCGGUCUACAAGAAGUACCUAUUCACCGCAGACGGGAAAUAUCUCCUUGGAGGGAUGAUGAUUGGGGAUACGCGAGAUUAUGUGAAGUUGGUGCCCAUGGUGAAGAACCAAAAGCCGUUGGAUGUUCCGCCUAGUCAAUUCAUCCUGGGGGCGAGCAAAGAGGGGGAUGAAGGUGGCGCCGAUCUCGACGACGAUACACAAAUCUGCUCUUGCCACAAUGUAACGAAGGGCGAUGUAUGCAAUGUCGUCAAAGACGGCACCUGCAAUAGCAUCGGCGAUGUGAAGUCCUGUACCAAAGCCGGAACGGGGUGUGGUGGCUGUAUGCCCCUUGUGACUAGCAUCUUCAACGAACAGAUGAAAGCAAUGGGCAACGAAGUUAAGAACCACAUCUGUCCCCAUUUCAACUAUUCCCGGGCGGAUCUCUACAACAUCAUUUCCGUCAAGAAACUGAAGACUUUACGAGAAGUCAUGAACGAAGUGGGAAAUGAUCCUGAGAGCCAAGGGUGUGAAGCAUGCAAACCUAGCAUCGGUUCGAUUUUCGCGUCAUUAUAUAACAAACAUGUCAUGGAUAAACCUGUUCAUGGUCUCCAGGAGACGAAUGAUCGAUACCUGGGCAACAUCCAGAGAAACGGAACGUACUCGGUUGUUCCCCGUGUGAGUGCCGGAGAGAUUACACCAGAUAAAUUGAUCGUUAUUGGGAAUGUGGCAAAGAAGUAUAACCUCUAUACUAAGAUUACUGGGGGACAGAGAAUCGAUAUGUUCGGUGCGAAAAAACAAGAUCUCCUUCCAAUUUGGAAGGAGUUGAUCCAGGGGGGGAUGGAGAGUGGACAUGCCUACGCCAAGUCUUUGCGGACGGUCAAGAGUUGCGUUGGUACGACAUGGUGCCGAUAUGGUAUUGGGGAUAGUGUUGGCAUGGCAGUGAGGUUAGAGGAGAGGUACAAAAGUGUUCGAAGCCCUCAUAAGAUGAAGGGGGGUGUUAGCGGCUGUGUACGUGAGUGUGCAGAGGCUCAAAACAAGGACUUCGGCCUCAUAGCCACAGAAAAAGGAUUCAACAUAUUCGUCGGAGGCAACGGUGGUGCUUCGCCGAAGCAUUGCGAACUCCUAGCUAAAGACGUGCCGCCUGAUGAUGUGGUUCCCAUCCUGGAUCGCUAUCUCAUGUUCUACAUCCGCACCGCAGACAAACUACAACGAACAGCCCGCUGGCUCGAAGCCCUUCCAGGCGGAAUCAAAUACCUGCGCGAAGUAGUUCUCGAGGACAAACUCGGCAUCUGCGCCUCCCUCGAGGCACAAAUGGAAGAACUGGUCGGCACUUUCUUCGAUGAGUGGGCCGAAGCAAUCAACGACCCCUCGCGGAGCAAGAAAUUCCAACAAUUCGAUAACACGACGGAGACCAUGGAAAACAUGGAGACGGAAGAAGAUCGUGGACAAAUGAGACCGGUAUACUGGCCUAAGGAGAGCGCCAAGGAGGAUUUCAAGAAUACGAAGUGGACAUCCCUGACCUGGCAACCCAUGAUAGAAGCGAGCUAUUUCGCAGGCGCGGACGAUACCCCCAAUGGCAUAUCCGCAAAUGUUAAGAGGAGCGAUACGCAACUUGCUAUUUUUAGGGUGAAGGGGAAAUGGCUUGCUAGUCAGCAGAUGUGUCCCCAUAAGCGGGCAUUCGUCCUCUCAGAUGGCCUAAUCGGUGACUCGAAGGAUAAACUCUGGGUUUCCUGUCCUUAUCACAAACGCAAUUUCGAGUUGACCGGCGAGCAAGCGGGGCGCUGUAUGAAUGAUGAAGAGGUUAGCAUUGCAACGUUUCCGGUAGAGGAGCGGGAGGACGGCAUGGUGUAUUUGAAGUUGCCGCCUGUGCAUGAAUUGGACGGAGUGUUGGGGACUAAGAAGUGGAUGGUGAAGAAGGGGGAGAGUGGCGUGGGGGCGUUUGAGAAACUUGACAAGAAGAUUGGGAGGAAUGGGAUGAGGGUGAAGGGACGGAAGCCGUUUGAGGCGACAAGACUACUUGAGACUGUUGGAGGGCCAGGAGAGGGGAAUAUUGAUUGGUAG